CGGCGAAAGCGGUAGCCCCUCAAGAAGCACAGCCCCCCCCCCUUCCCGGGUCGGGGGCUCGACAGGCUUGCCUCUGCCCGACCAGUACAGCUACAACACCGUGCUCCGAGCCUUGGGGGAAGAGGACUUGGGCGCCGCCAUCGCCCUGUAUCGAGAGAUGCGGGACGCGGGAGUGCAGCCCGACAGGGUCACCGUGAACACGCUGGUCGCCGCCUGCGCCGCCCACGGGCGCCUGGACCGGGGGCUCCUAAUCUUGGAGAGCAGCGCUGUGCCAGCCUCGGUGGAGGGGUACACGGCCUUGAUUUCGGCUCUGGCGGGAAAAGGAGAGCUGGAAAAGGCCCGGGACGUGCUGGAAUCGAUGCGGGCGGCGGGCGUGGCCCCGAAUGCUCGGACCUAUACGGCUUUGCUGCAAGGCGCGGCGCGGGCCGGAGACAUGGCGGGCG